UAUCGCAAUAUUAUUGAAACUGAUUGACAAUUGAGUGCAAAGUCGACACAAAUUGUGUUAAAAUUGACGUAAAGAUAGUGUCAUUGAUUUUUUGGUGACAAUAUUUGUGACAUUGAUUUGGUUUGUUUGAACCAAUUUAGUGAUCGACAAUCACUUAAUUGAUUUGAUAAUACUUGAGAAUCAAUUAUCAAAAUGUUGGGCCAAAAGAAGUCCCGUUUUGAUGACCCGUCACCUCUUCCCGUCAACAAUGGAUUCAAUGAUCCGACGACCACUUCAACUGAAAGUAAUUUAAAUCCAAUUCAAGUGAAGCAUAUGAUGGCAGAAGUGCACAAACAAAUUGAAGAAAGAAAACGAAAACUAAAUAUUUCUGGUUCGGCUCCAACUUCUAUCUCAUCAUCCGCUUUGCCACCAGUUAUACCACCCGUAGUACCUGUUAUCACUCCUACACCUGCCUCAAGACAAAAUAUUAACUCAGAUAUUGACCACAAGGCACGUAUUGCUCAACUGACGGCACAAAUUCAGGCCCGACUGGCCAGUCGGACAAAUACAGAGUCCACUAAUAUUGUGCAAAAUGAUCCGAACGACAAUCAAAAGGGAGGUUCCGGUAAACCAACACCUCUUAUAUUGAAUAGCGACGGCCGUACAGUUGACCAGAGCGGCAAAGAAGUGCAACUUAUUACACGUAUGCCUACACUUAAGGCCAAUAUUAGGGCACAAAAGAAGGAACAAUAUAUCAAAUUAAAUCACGAGAAACAAAAUGAUGACAUCAGUGAACAUCAAUUUUUUGACGCUAGAGUUGGUCUCAAGUCUGCGAUGCGGUCUAAAAGAGGAUUUAAGUUUUAUGAUAAGGGAACCUUUGAAUCAAUGGCUAAUAAUAUCAGGACUAAAGCACAAUUAGAAAGAUUACAGAAAGACAUUGCAAUGGCCGCCAAAAAAACUGGUAUUAGUUCUGCCGCUAGACUUGCACUUCUCAGUUCAAUUGUACCAAAGAAGCAAAUGAAAGAGGACGAGAUUCCAGACAUCGAAUGGUGGGAUAGUUUUGUGUUAAAAGAUAACAGUUAUGAUCACUGUAUUUCUAACGAAUCAGAACCGCGCGAAAAAUAUGAUGGGAUAACACAUUUGGUUGAACAUCCCAUUCAAAUGAAACCUCCGGCCGAACCAUCAAAACCCGUUUUAUUGCCCGUAUUUUUGACGAAAAAAGAGCGAAAGAAAUUGCGGCGACAAAACCGUCGCGAGACGUGGAAAGAAAAACAAGAAAAGAUACGAAUUGGUUUGGAACCGCCUCCAGAACCGAAAGUCAGAAUGUCUAAUAUGAUGAGAGUUUUGGGACAACAGGCAGUUCAAGACCCGACUAAAGUUGAAGCGCACGUUAGGGAACAGAUCAUGAAAAGACAAAAAGCUCACGAAGAGGCUAAUGCUUCACGAAAAUUAACGACCGAACAGAAGAAACAUAAAAAGAUUAAGAAAAUCAAAGAAGACACCAGUCUUGGUGUCAGUGUUUCUGUUUAUAGAGUUCUUAAUCUUAUUAAUCCGGCCAAGAAGUUCAAAGUCGAAGCUAACAUUAAACAGCUACUUAUGACUGGCGUUAUAGUUCUUUAUCGAAAUGUUAAUGUGAUUGUUGUCGAAGGCGGACCUAAACAACAAAAGAAGUUCAAACAUUUGAUGCUUUCGAGGAUCAAAUGGGGAGAAGAACAGGCCUCUAAAGACGGAACUGAAUCGGGCGAUAAAAUAGAAAACAAAUGUUUUCUCGUAUGGGAAGGAAAAACAAAGAGUCGGGCCUUCGGUGACGUUAAGUUCAAAUUGAGUCCAAACGAGUCCUUUGCCAGAGAACUGUUCAAAAACCAUUCGUGUGAACACUACUGGGAUUUAGCGUAUAGUAUGUCUAUAUUAGAUGCCAACGAUGUUUAG